AUGAUAUCAAGUUCUAUGAGCUACAGACAUAGUACAAAUUCAGUGUACACACUGAACCCACAUUUGAAUAUUCCAAUUUCAACAUCGACAACAAUUCCACCAACUAGUUUUUAUGCAAACAAUACACCAGAAAUGAUUCAAUCUCAAAGUGAAAAUACCAAUACCAAUAAUAUUAAUAAUAGCAGCAGCAAUAUCAACAACAAUAAUAAUAAUACUCCAGAUUCAAUGUCGAUGUCAACAUCUUUAUCUUCAUCACCAUCAGUUUCAUUUAAUCAUUUAGAUUUAAAUAGUAUUAAUAAUAAAAUUAAUAAUAACACCACCACCAAUAAUAACAAUAAUAAUAAUAAUAAUAAUGAUGAUAAAUUCGAUACAAAUGCAUUAAAAUUGUCAAAUACAAUGAUAAUUAAAAAUAAUAAUAAUAAUAAUAAUAAUAAUAAUAAUAAUAAUAAUAAUAAUAAUAAUAAUAAUAAUAAUAAUAAUAAUAAUAAUAAUAAUAAUAAUAAUAAUAAUAAUAAUAAUAAUAAUAAUAAUAAUAAUAAUAAUAAUAAUAAUAAUAAUAAUAGUAAUAGUAAUAUAGAAAUAAAUGUACCAUCAAUUCAAUUUGACAAUGAACCAGCAAUGGAGGUUGAUUCAGUGGCACCAUUGAAUGUUCCAUCAAAUCAUACCAGAACAACAUUGGCAAUGCAUAAUACAAAAUCUUUAUCAACAUCAAACAUUGGUCUUUUAAAUAUUUUACCAAAUCAGCAAUCAUCAUCUUCAUCAUCAUUAUCAUCAACAACAACAACAACAACAACAACAUCUUCAUCUUUAUUGAUGCCUCAAUCACUUUUUAAUAACAGCACUUAUAAUAAUCAUCAUAAUAAUAAUAAUAGCUCAAAUGCUGGCAUUGUUGGUGGAUUAAAUGGAUCAACAUCAUCAUUACCAACACAAGCACAGGUACAAUUACAACAAAUGCAACAACAAAUGCAACAACAUCAACAACAUCAAUACAAGAAAGCAAAUCUUUCAAGUUUAUCAACAGUUGUGGACAACAACCUCAAUAAUAACCCAAUGAAUACAAGUACAAGUAGUCCAGCACAACCAAAUGCAAGUCCAUUUUCAUUUUCUUCUUCUUCACUUUUUUCAAACUCUUCAUUAUCAAAUAGUGGUAGUGGAUCGGCAUCAACUACAUCCACAUCUACCUCUUCAAGUAAUAGUAUGUCAUCUUCACCACCACCCUCAUUAAAAACCUCAUUCUCUCAAUUGGAUGAAGAUAGGGAAAAAAUGAGAUUAGAGUUUGAAAUGAUAAAGAAACCAGAGAUGGCUUCAAAGAAAUCACACAAACAUCAUCAAAGACAUUACAGUCAUAAUGACUUGGAUAAUAGGAAACAUGAUGAAGAGAAGUUUUUCAGUGCUCUUCAACCAAAUAACUAUGGAAAGAAUAGAUAUCAUGACGUCUUACCUAAUGAAUCUACUAGAGUACGUCUUACACCAAUUGAAAGUGGUGAUGGAGAUUAUAUAAAUGCAAACUAUAUUAAUGGUGAAGUUCCAAAUUCAUAUAGAUAUUAUAUUGCUUGUCAAGCUCCACUCCCUUCAACUAUUAAAGAUUUUUGGAGAAUGGUUUGGGAAGAGAGAUCAUCAGUAAUUGUAUGUUUAACAAAAUUAGAAGAAAAUGGUAAAAAGAAAGCAGAUGUAUAUUAUCCAGAAACUUCACAAGCACAAGAGUAUGGAUCAUUUUGGAUUCAUUUACAUAAGAAAGUUAUGUUUAAAGAUAUUGGAGUUAGUUCAUUACAUUUAUAUAAAAAGGGAGAGGAAUUUCCAAGAGAGGUAGUUUUAUUACAUUAUACACAAUGGCCAGAUUGUGGUGCACCUCCAUCAUCAUCACACAUUAGAACUCUUUCGGUUAUGGUCAAUACAUUCAAAGCGAGAGGUAGUGCUAAAAAUACUAAUGGUCCAGUUAUAGUCCACUGUUCUGCAGGCAUUGGACGAUCGGGUACAUUCAUUAGCAUCAAUAUAAAUAUGGCAAAGAUUGAGAGAUUUGGAAAUGAUCCAUCUCAAAUGAACAUCUCAAUCAAGGAUUCAGUUUUAGAAUUGAGAAGACAACGUAGAGGUAUGGUUCAAACUUUGGACCAAUACAUCUUCAUUUUCAAGGUUAUCAAUGAUGUACUUACCGAUAUGGGUAUUCGUUCACUUUCAUCUCCAUCGAAACGAAGAUCCUGUGAAAUGAUUAAAAGUACACCAAUGCCAAGAUUGGAUAUUUCAAUACCACCACCAUUAACCUUUACACCAAAAGAUUUUCAAUCUUCAAUUUCACCUUCAACCGAUAUGAUCGCCUCCUUAUCAAUUAUAACCCAAAUGACUCAAACUCUAAAAUUCCCACCACAACAACAACAAGAUAAUCCUUUUUCAAAAUCAUCAAUUAAAAUUUCACCUUCACCUUUAAAUUCAACAAAUAUAUCAAUACCGAAGAAUCAACAAUUUCAACAUCCUUUUCAAAUUCAACCACAAUUAGAUCUUAACCUUCAACAACAACAACAACAAUCAUCUCAACAACUAAAUGAUAAUCCACCUUUAAAUAUGAGUAGUAAUAGCAUUAAAUUUCCACCUGUAACAUCUUUAUCAUCUUGUCAUUUAUUUGAAGAUAGUAAAAAUAAUGAUAAUAAUAAUAAACAACAACAACAGCAGCAACAACAACAACAAAAAAAUAAUCAACAAUGUAGUGGUUUUUCACAUUUUUUAAAUAAUAAUAAUAAUAAUGAUAACAAUGGUUCUUCAGGUGGAGGAUUUAAUGGCUCAUUUUUGUUUAAUAGUAACAACAGUGGAUCAUCUUCAACUAAUUCUGAAUGUUCUAAUAAUAAUAAAAACAAUAAUAAUAAUAGUAACAACAAUAAUAAUAAUAAUAAUAACAAAAAUAGCGAUAAUAAUGGUACAAAAGAUAAAGAUGAAAAUGAUUCUUGUGAAUCACCAAGAGUUACACCAAUUAAAUGUUUUUAA